AUGGCUCAACAGGAUGGCGAUUCCGAGAUCUCUGAAGCAAGCUCCGCCCCAGAAACGCACCGAAUAUCCCAUGGAAGCUCCGAAGCAUUACCAAAAGAUGACCGAACCGUGUUCGAGCAUAUGCGUCCCGAAGACCGCGAAGAACUAGGUCGCAUCGCAUCAAACUUUCCUCGACAUCAAAUGGCUGAUUCCACUCUCAGUGGAAUGACCACUGUCGAGCGGAAAGACACAUUAGAAGGCCUCGAGCUAGGUGACCCUAUUCUUGAUCCGACUAGCGACCAGUUUGACCAUUACAAAUGGGCUCGAAUGAUGUUGAAGAUGAUGGAUCGAGAGGGAUUGCCUUUAAGAAAAUCAACUGGUGUCGUUUUUCAAAACCUCAAUAUCUCAGGGACUGGCUCUGCUCUACAGUAUCAGAACAAUGUGGGCUCAAUUCCGCUGGCUCCGUUCCGUCCACAGAAUUACCUCUCUUUCGCAAGGCAUACACCACAAAAGCAGAUUUUGCGAAAUUUUGACGGAGUGCUCAAGAGUGGAGAGCUACUUAUUGUGCUGGGUCGACCAGGCAGUGGCUGUUCCACUUUUCUCAAGUCUCUUUCUGGGGAAUUGCAUGGGCUGAAGGUUGGAAAGGAGUCUGAUAUCCAGUUCAAUGGUAUUCCUAUGGAAAAGAUGCACAAGGAGUUUAAGGGAGAGGUAUUGUACAACCAGGAAGUUGACAAACAUUUUCCUCAUCUCACUGUAGGCCAAACGCUUGAAUUUGCUGCUGCUGCUAGAACCCCGGGGAAUCGCCUCUGCGGUAUCUCACGGACGCAGUAUGCGCAGAAGAUUACCCAGGUCGCAAUGGCCGUGCUCGGCUUGAGCCACACAUACAACACGAAGGUCGGCGACGACUACAUUCGAGGUGUUUCAGGUGGUGAACGGAAGCGUGUCAGUAUUGCUGAAAUGGCUUUGUCUGGAGCCCCUGUUGGUGCAUGGGACAACAGUACUCGCGGCCUGGACUCUGCAAGUGCUCUUGAAUUUGUCAAAUCCCUACGAGUUUCUGCCAAUCUCACGAGUAGCUGCCAUGCUGUUGCCAUCUACCAGGCCUCGCAGGCAAUUUAUGACGUCUUCAACAAAGUGAUUGUCUUGUGUGAAGGCCGGCAGAUUUUCUUCGGGAGAUGCAGUGAGGCCCGUGAAUAUUUUAUCGAGAUGGGCUGGGAUUGUCCACUUCGACAGACAACAGGGGACUUCCUUACAUCAGUCACUAACCCAUCUGAGCGAAAGGCUCGGGACGGAAUGGAGAACAAAGUUCCUCGCACCCCUGAUGACUUUGAGAAAUAUUGGAAGAACAGCUAUCAUUACACAGAGUUGAAGAAGGAGAUAUCGCAAUAUCAUGAGGCUUACCCAUUGGGAGGUACUGCUGAAAAGGACUUUGAUGAGACAAAAAGGCUUCGGCAGGCAAAGCAUGCUCGCCCCAAGAGUCCUUAUAUCAUCACUGUCCCUAUGCAGGUUCGUCUGUGUGUGAAGCGAGCUUAUCAACGGAUCUGGAAUGACAAGCCCUCUACAUUGACAACUGUCAUUGGCCGAAUUGUCAUGUCAUUGAUUAUCGGUUCAAUUUAUUUCGGAACCCCUAAUGCCUCUGCUGGUUUCCAGAGUAAAGGCGCCGCAAUGUUUUUCGCUGUCUUGAUGAACGCUCUCAUCAGUAUCACGGAGAUCAAUUCCCUUUACGACCAACGACCCAUCAUCGAGAAACAAGCUUCCUACGCUUUUGUGCACCCUUUCACUGAAGCUUUAGGAGGUAUUGUCGCCGACAUACCAGUGAAGCUUGUGUCAGCUGUGGUUUUCAACAUCAUUUUCUACUUCUUAGCUGGCUUGCGCUAUGAACCUUCUCAAUUCUUCAUAUUCUUCCUCUUCACUUUUCUCAGCACCCUCGCCAUGUCAGGAAUUUUUAGAACCCUCGCUGCAUCAACCAAGACUCUCGCUCAAGCUAUGUCUAUGGCGGGUGUUAUUGUAUUGGCAAUCGUCAUCUACACGGGCUUUGUGAUCACAGCGCCUGAAAUGGCUAAAAUUCCUUGGUUCAGCUGGAUCCGCUGGAUAAAUCCAAUUUUUUACACAUUCGAAGCGCUAGUCGCCAACGAGUUUCACGGUCGCCGAUUCGAAUGCUCUCAAUUUGUACCAGGUUACCCUAGUCUAUCAGGGGAUUCAUUUAUCUGCUCUGUGCGAGGCGCUGUUGCAGGAGAGAGAACAGUCUCGGGUGAUUCCUACAUCGAAACUCAGUACUCCUACACCUAUGCUCACGAAUGGAGGAACCUCGGCAUUUUGAUCGGCUUCUGGAUAUUCUUCAUGGCUCUUUAUCUCCUCGCCUCGGAGUUGAACUCUUCAACUUCCUCUACAGCGGAGUAUCUCGUCUUUCGGAGAGGACAUGUGCCCGCCCAUCUUCGGCACCUAGAGAAUGGGGGUGAUAGUUCGGCGGAAAUCACUCCAGCUGCAAAGGCUCCUGAGAAUGAAAAGAAUGAAACUUCUGCUAUUCCAUCGCAACAUGAUGUCUUUACGUGGCGCAAUGUCUGCUAUGAUAUUCCAGUGAAAGGUGGACAACGACGUCUUCUUGAUAAUGUCUCUGGGUGGGUCAAGCCUGGGACCCUCACGGCUCUUAUGGGUGUUUCCGGUGCUGGAAAGACUACAUUGCUGGAUGUUUUAGCAAAACGCGUGUCAAUUGGUGUUGUAACAGGUGAUAUGCUUGUCAACGGCAAGCCACUUGAUACCAGCUUCCAAAGAAAAACAGGUUACGUUCAACAGCAGGAUCUUCAUCUCCCCACAACAACAGUGAGGGAAGCUCUUCGUUUCAGUGCGAUGCUGCGGCAGCCCAAAUCCGUCUCUAAGAAGGAGAAAUAUGAGUACGUUGAGGAUGUCAUCAAUAUGCUUGGUAUGCAAGACUUUGCAGAUGCCGUUGUUGGUGCUCCAGGCGAGGGUCUCAAUGUUGAGCAGAGAAAGCUAUUGACAAUCGGCGUUGAGCUGGCUGCAAAACCUGCUCUUCUUAUCUUCUUAGAUGAGCCAACCAGUGGACUUGACUCGCAAAGCUCUUGGGCUAUUUGCUCCUUUUUGCGGAAGCUGGCUCAGCAUGGUCAAGCAGUUCUCAGCACGAUUCACCAGCCAAGUGCCCUCCUUUUCCAGGAAUUCGAUCGUCUCUUAUUCCUCGCCAGUGGUGGAAAGACAGUCUAUUUUGGUGAAAUUGGAGAUCAGUCUAGAACUCUUUUGGACUACUUCGAAGGCAAUGGUGCUCGCGUUUGUGGAUCCUCGGAGAAUCCUGCGGAGUAUAUGCUUGAGAUUAUUGGUGCUGGAGCAUCCGGUAAAGCCACAAAGGACUGGUCCAUUGUGUGGAACGAGAGCAAGGAAGCGAAAGAAGUUCAAGCUGAGCUUAACCGAAUCCACGAAGAACGGGCUUCCGCUAUAAGCAAUCAAGAAGUUACUCACCAGGACGAGUAUGCUAUGCCCUUCGCGUACCAGCUUUUGUAUGUCACCCAUCGGUCAUUCCAGUCCUUUUGGCGCGAGCCCUCGUACGUCUGGGCAAAGAUCAUGCUAGCAACCCUAUCUUCUUUAUUCAUUGGCUUUACCUUCUUCAAAUCCGAUAGCACCCUGCAGGGAUUUCAAGACGUCAUCUUCUCCGCAUUCAUGUUAUGUUCAAUCUUCUCCACACUUGUUCAGUCGAUCAUGCCGAAGUUUGUCAUCCAAAGAUCUCUCUACGAAGUGCGCGAGCGACCUUCAAAGGCCUACUCAUGGGCUGCGUUUCUGAUUGCAAACGUCAUCGUCGAGAUCCCCUACCAGGUCUUUGCCGGCGUUAUUGCGUGGGCCUGUUACUAUUUCGCAAUUUAUGGAGCUGAUCAAGCACCAGACCGGCAAGGCCUGAUGCUUCUAUUCGUGGUUCAAUUUUACAUUUUCACGUCCACCUUUGCGGCACUGGUGAUCUCGGCUUUGCCAGAUGCUGAAACUGGUGGUACUAUUGCCACGCUGAUGUUCAUUAUGACACUUACCUUCAACGGUGUCAUGCAAGCACCAAGCGCCCUACCUGGAUACUGGAUUUUCAUGUAUCGGGCCUCUCCACUGACAUACCUCAUUGCUGGAGUUACAGCCACAGGACUGCAUGGUAGAGCGAUUCACUGUGCCGCAGCCGAGUUGAAUGUGUUUAAUCCUCCAUCUGGGAUGAGCUGUGGGGAAUAUUUGAAUCCUUAUCUCAAGGUUUCUGGUGGCGAACUUUACAAUCCGACUGCCACGAGUAGUUGUGAAUACUGUCAACUGUCCAAUGCUGAUCAGUACUUGGCUGCAAGCAACAUCUACUACAGUGAGCGUUGGCGGAAUUAUGGCCUCGGAUGGGUCUACAUCGGCUUCAAUAUUUGCGGCACUGUGUUGAUGUACUACAUGUUCCGUGUCAAGCACUACAGCCCUACUUCCUUGGGAAGAGGCGAGUAA